AUGACAGGUCCACUCACAAGUCAAACACCUCAUGACCACGAGUGGUCCUUAUUCGAACAGCUAAUGGAGAAUGAGGGGCAGCUACGGAGUCCCGGGACGCGAAAGCUCAGACGGAGACCUUCUGGAAUCCUCACCACUCCUUCUGAGGCUUCGAGGCCUGGAGCGCAGGCAUCUACUGGUGAUGGUGAUGAAGUGCAGUCUCCUCUGACUGAGCGUUUUGCGCCAAGCGUGCCGCCAAGUGUCCUCCAGUUUCCUCUCAGUAGUCAUUCUGAAGCACCGACGGAAUAUGAUUCUGACGCUGACUCUGAUUCAGAAGAUGCAUCCAGCGUGCCCUCGAGAGACUCUCCAGCUAUUACAUCAUCCCCAUGGUCGUUGGUUUCGCAUCUGCCUGUGUUUCCACCACUAUACCGCAACGUCUUGAAGUGUUCUAUAGCCUAUUUUCUAGCCUCACUGUUCACGUUUUCACCAUAUCUUUCUUCAUUCAUCAGCGAUAUCACUUCCCAAGGUCCAGGACAGCGAGGUCCCUCUCCUUCUGGACAUAUGGUAGCAACCAUUGCUGUCUACUACAAUCCCGCAAAAACAAUGGGCGGCAUGGCUGAAGCAGACAUGUAUUGUUUCAUGGCUUUGCUAUAUUCUGCAUUCGUUUGCCUAGGUAGCAUGUCUAUGUUUUGGUGGCUCGAAGUCAAACCUGGUUGGGAAUGGUUAGCUGAUGUUCUAGUCAUACUUUGGGUAGGAUUGAGCAUGUCAGGUGUUGCAUGGAUGAAGGUUUGGAUGGCAAAACCCACAUUCAACACAGCAUGUAGCAUGACCGCCAUUAUCUUAUUUAUCGUCAUUAUCAAAGAAGGUGGUUGGGAGACACUUCUGCAAGUAGCUUUUAUCGUCUUUGUUGGUGCCGUCGUCUCCAAUGUCGUGUGCCUCUUACUCUGGCCGCAAAGCGCUACCGAUAAUCUGCAAGCAAAUAUGACCAAAACCUUGGAUUCUUUUUCGACACUCCUCGAAAUGAUCACAAGUAGUUUCCUCUUAGAGGAGCCUCUCCAUCAGCCCAGUUAUAAAAAGUUGCAAAGUGCAGUAGAGAACCACCAGUCGAGUUUUACGAGUUUGAAGAAGAACCUUGGGGAGGCUCACUCGGAGUGGUUCAAUGGUUUGAGUGGGCGAGGGAGCAAAGAUUCCAGAAGGGCUUACGAAGAUGCCGUCGACAGCCUUAACAGACUGGCCCAGCAUCUGAACGGGUUGCGGGGUGGGACAAGGCUACAGUACGAGCUCACGAAAGCCCAGGGUGUAGGUAAGGUGGUGUUGAAGAGCCCGAGAGCAGCCGGAAAGAAGCAUCAGAGUAUCAGUAGUAAUGGCAAGAUGACUGAUGGGGUUAGACCUAUUGGCGACGAUUCUGAUGAAGCACUCCUACAAGCCGCCGCCGCCAUGUUCGGAGAUCUUGUUGAUGAUUUGGGCCCUCCACUUAAAGCUCUCUCGACAGCAUGCACGUUGUCUCUGAAAAGGUUACGGGAUGCCUUCGCAGAUAUCCAACAUGCCAGACAGGAGCAUGUCAUACAGCCCAAUGAUUUUCACGAAAUUAUUGAUGGGAUUGAGCGGGCCCUCUUUACCUUCGAAAGCACAUCGAACCAUGCUGUUUUGCGCCUUUACAGGAGAAGUGACUUCUCUGCACCGACAUCAAGAGCAUCUGUGGCCUCGAAUGCUGAAGAUAAUAGUGCACUUACUAACAGCGAAAAUGAGAACGUCUUUUUGGUGUACUUCUUUAUCUUUACGUUGCAAGAGUUUGCACGAGAACUGGCAUCACUUGUGGAUGCCAUGCGGAGAAUAUAUGGGACCGAGCAAGACAGAAUGGUUCGCGGAACGUGGUGGCAGCGACAUGUUGUACAUACUGCUUACAUCAAUUCCUCUCAUCGCCAUAGGAAAGUCUGGUUUCCCAAGGUGCAACCACAUGCCCCGAACACCAUCCAAACCCCUCAUCCUUCCAACUUGACCGUCAUUGGUCGUGUGGAGCGUUCUUUGUGGGAACUCGGUGCUCGACUAAAAGAGCAUGAUCUCAAAUACGCAUUCAAAGCGGGAAUGGCGACGGCGAUGUUAGCCGCUCCGGCGUUUUUCGAUUCUACUCGACCUGUGUUCAUGGAGUACCGAGGAGAAUGGGCAUUAAUAUCCACUAAUCACCUUAGUGUUCACCGUGUUCUGGGAACCCUGUUCGGUGCAGGAGUAGCUGCUGGUAUCUACACCGCCUUCCCUGAGAAUGCGAUUGUGCUUUCCAUCUUUGGGUUCUUCUUUUCUCUACCCUGUUUCUAUUAUAUCGUCGCCAAACCACAGUAUGCCACAACAGGGCGAUUUGUGCUUUUGACAUACAAUUUGACCUGCCUUUACUCCUAUAAUCUACGUCGAAAGGAUGUACAUCCGCUCGAAAUUGCAUUCCACCGUUCUGUUGCUGUGACCGCUGGCGUGAUAUGGGCUGCCUUUGUUUCCAGAUUUUGGUGGCCUGCAGAGGCUAGACGGGAACUAAGCAAAGCCUUGGGCGAAUUUUGUUUGAACAUUGGAUGGUUGUACACCCGCUUAGUUGCGUCGAAUUCCGGUAUGACAGAUAUACUAGACGAACCAGAAGAUAAUAGUGGUGGACGGUCACCACCGAAUGAAGGGACCUCGCUCCUUUCAAAGCCUGCAAGGGCACGGCUCAGUGAUUCUAUCCUAGAAUUUAUGGCAAUGGAGCUUCACCUUCAGAUCAAACUAAUUGAGCUCCAGGGACUACUGGCUCAGACACAGCAUGAACCUCGUCUGAAGGGACCAUUUCCCGUAUUGCUCUACCGCUCCAUUCUCACCAGCUUGCAAACCAUACUUGACAAGCUGCAUAGCAUGCGAUGCGUUACCACGCGCGAGGAAUGGUGGUCUGUUCGCAGAGAGUUCAUCUUGCCCGUGAACAAAGAACGGCAUGAAAUGGUUGGAAACAUUAUCUUGUUCUUUUCUACCCUCUCUGCAGCUUUCAGGCUGAAAGCACCACUGCCUCCAUACCUCCCGCCUGCUGAGAAGUCACGACAGCGUUUGGUUGAUGCCAUAAGAAAGUUGGACGUUGUCAAGAAUCGAGAUGUAAAAGGAUCAAGACAGCUACUUUUCUUUGCUUACGCCCUUACGAUGGGAGGCGUCACUCAGGAGCUUGAUUAUUUGGGACGCACAUUACAAACUGCAUUUGGGGUAAUUGGGCAAACACCAGAGGAGUUUGAAGCACUUUUCGCAGUGGUUGCCAACAGUAGGCCACAGGUCGAACAAAAUGUCUGA